AUAAAUUUGAUAAACACAGUUAGUAUUUCUCAAAGGUGUACACCAGUAAUUUUUCGGUUCAUUUCACUGAAGACGUAAUGACUCUAAAAUGAUUCAUAAGAACGCGUUUUUUUUCCGGAACUUUGGAAAGUCACUUUGCGUCAACGCCUCAGUAAGUUUUCGACAGAAAUAUUUCAUAUUUAUGUAGUUUUACACUUAAAGCUUUUCACGUAUGAUUAAGCUUACAUUGUUACUCGAGCAGAGAAACAAUUUAAUGACUAUCGCAGUUAGGGGUACUAUUAUUAGAAUAUACGCUGCGUCAUAACGCCCAGUGUAAACUGGGACUAUCAACAAACGAUGUAAUAUUGUGCAGCCUACUUGUAGCAUAGAUCAAUACUCUGAGUCUGACCAUAAAUAAACAUUCCCUUUGAACACAGCUUCACAGGCGCGUUGAGAAAGGGCCCACCACGCUCUCCCUUUGGCCUAUAGCUUGUUACUUGUUUGAGGAAAGAAAACCAAGGCUUUAAACGAUGGCGGCGAUCUCCGCUAGAGGGCCAAGUAUACUGAACUCUGCAGCAAAAUGCGGUAAUCUUAGAUUUCGUUUUCAAUGGAUUGAAAGAUUUUCCAAGCCAGUAUCGUUUGGAUUCUGCAAAAGUGUUCGCUGUUCAUCCACAAGUUCUCACGAGAAGCUCCAGUUUAGUUAUUGUCAUGCAAUAUCUUCAAAACGUUUCAUUGGUGAAACAAUUGGACAAAGGCUAGAUAUGACAGUGGAGAAAUUCCCAGACCGUGAAGCUUAUGUCUGCAGUGAGGACAAUGAAAGGGCCACGUUUGCUGAAUUCCAGGGAGAGGUAAACAGUCUUGCUGCUGGACUUCUUGCUAUGGGAUUCAAGAAAGGUGACCGUGUAGGAAUGUGGGGUCCUAACAUGAGAGAAUGGGUUAUCACUCAGUUUGCCACUGCCAAGGCUGGUUUAAUAUUGGUAAACAUAAACCCUGCUUAUCAAACUCCUGAACUUGAGUAUGCUUUGAAAAAGGUUGGCUGUAAAGCAAUCAUUAUGGCUGAUAGGUUUAAAACACAAGAUUACUACAGCAUGUUGACGCACAUUGUACAUGAACUGCCACAGUCAAAACCAGGCGAUCUCUUUAAUGAAAGAGUUCCUGAUCUUAAGCUGGUUGUUAUGGCCAGUAAAGACCAUCAAAGGACCUUCAGUGGUACAAUGUCAUUUCAAGAGUUGAUGGAGAUUGGAGGAACAGAAGAGAGAAAAAAGUUGGAGGAGUUAAAGAAUGAACUCCAAUGUGAUGAUCCUAUCAACAUCCAGUUUACGUCAGGUACAACUGGUAACCCAAAAGGAGCAACUCUGUCUCACCACAAUAUUCUAAACAAUGCAUAUUAUGUGGGAGAAAUUUUGGAUUAUGAGAAUCAGUACUCCAGAAUAUGUAUUCCUGUUCCACUUUACCACUGUUUUGGGAUGGUGCUUGGAAGGAUCUGCUAUGGCUUAACUGAAACAAGCCCUGUCACCACACAGACAUUGAUGGAUGACCCGAUAGAUUUGCGAGUUUCUACGAUUGGACAUGUUCAUCCAAAUAAUGAGGCGAAAAUCGUGGACAGUGAUGACCGUGUGGUACCUGUCAAUACAGCAGGGGAGAUUUGCUUUCGAGGUUACAAUGUCAUGCUGGGAUACUGGGAUGACAAAGAAAAGACUGACGCCUGUAUUGACCCCAGCGGUUGGUUUCACAGUGGGGAUUUAGCCACGAUGGACGAAAAUGGAUUCAUAAAGAUCAUUGGGCGAAUAAAGGAUCUUAUUAUUCGUGGAGGAGAAAAUAUUUAUCCAACAGAGGUGGAACAAUUUUUGUACACACAUCCUAAGAUACAAGAUGUUCAGGUGAUCGGUGUUCCGGACCCUCGAUUGGGAGAAGAAGUCUGUGCAUGGAUUAAGUUGCACGCAGGUGAAACAGCCACACCGGAAGAAAUCAAAGAAUUUUGUAAAGGCGAGAUCUCUCAUUUUAAGAUUCCUCGCUAUAUCAAGUUCAUUGAUGAAUUUCCUCUCACUGUGACGGGAAAGGUGAAGAAGUUUGUUAUGCGAGAGAAAACUAAAGAAGAGCUGAAUCUUUAAAUCAAGGAGAGAUGAUUGCAAGAAAAGAUUUUAAAGCAACGAUCUUCACAAUGCGUUGGCUGGACCAUAUGGGACACUUUGGUGAUACUUUCCUCGGACCAAUCACGUCUAACUUUAUGAAACAAUUUCAAAACGUGCUUCCUUGAAGUAUAAUCAUGCGCUGUAAGAAUGUGAAAUUCUUCAUCCUUAUAUAUAUAUAAAUUAAAUUACUAAGAGGACGCGUAGAAAAGACAAAGGUUUCUUAGACUUACUUUUAAUGGCAUCGAUGAACUGUAAAAGAAUACAAUAACGGAGACACACUUUCGUUUGAGGUACGUGUCGAAGAAAAAAGCUCCGUGAAGAUAUAACUAUUAAAAUAGAUUCUACGUAAAAGUACACGGUUAAAACAGUUCUAUUUUUACUACUUUCUUAAAACAAAAUUUCUGUAUCCUUUUUGCUCAGAAUUACGUUGCAUAAAAUUUGUACUCAUUUUUCGCUUGUUCCCUCAUGACAUAUUUCAAAACCUAAAGAGAAAAAAGUUUAUUAGAUUGAUUAAAAGCUCUCCCAUAUAUUUACUGAGGGGGGCACUUUUAUUUCGCAGCGUUUUUUCGUGGAACUUAAAUAGUGACGUGAACUAUCACCAGUAAUAAUUAUAACUGUUAUUGUUGUUUUUCAGUAAAUGGUUUGAACACAGGA